CUGAUCCUUUCAUUGAACCGGACUGUACAGUUUAAUGAUUGGUCGAACUGACAUUUUAUUCAUUAGACGUACGUAUAAUCGGACAAUAGGAACGUCAGUCAGGGGUCACGUCAAACGCACAUACGUCAAAGCUUUAAAGUUAUUUGAAAGAAGUCAUGGAUUCUCUCUGCUGCUGAUGAAUCUUGAUCGUUUUUAUUCCACCCGCUUUCGAUGAAUUCGCGUUAACAAUUUCAUCAACAGAGUAUUUUACCGGGACAUUUAUAAUGUCUUCGGUCCAACGUGCAUUUGCUCACAAAUUGAGUAAGCAGCAUGCUGCUGAUGUGAGACGACAAAUUGCUACUUCCACUUCCUAUUCCCGUGAUUUAUCUAAGAGUGGCAGCAGUAUAUCAGGAUUUUCUUCCACGAUGUCUUUGUGUGAAGUAUUAGAGCCGCUUGAUUAUGAAGAAUUCUUAGCACAACAUCAAUCAGUAUUAGAUCGUGAUCCCUUGAAACCAAUAUUAGACUUUCCACCAGGGGAUGUUGAAAUGAGAGUUAUAAAGAGGAAGAUUCGGACAGAGGAGCCAAUAGUUCCACAUGAGUCAUUAGAUACUGUGUCUCCUUAUGUAAAAAGAUGCAUUGAAAGCUUUACAUCAGAUUGGGUUGUAAUAAAUCGCAAAUACAAGGGAAGAAUUUCACCUAUAGCCAGAGACAGAUUGCUUCAGGAUACACCUAGACAAGAUUUUGAGGUAGAUCAAGAAGAUGCAAAUGGCUGCGGAUCACCAAAUGAAGAAGAUGAUUUGUCUAACUGCGGAGAUACCCCAAGAGGAUCAUGGGCGAGUCUGGAUUUGCGACAUUCACAACAUGAUCCGCUUCUGCCGAGUCUAUUGGAUCGUGUUUGUUUGGAGACGAUCGAUCAGAUGAACGAACAGAAGAGAUUGGAAGAUCGUCAGGAAGCUUUAUUCCCACUUUAUACUCCGCCGACUUCUCCGGACGACGAGUGGCAAGAGAUCGGUGUUGCUCCCGAGCCUACAGAGCCAUUUGCUCACAAGAUUCUUGUGAAAUGUCUGCAAUUGAAGUUAGAACUAGAAGUGGAACCGAUAUUCGCGAGUCUCGCAUUGUAUGACGCCAAGGAAAAGAAAAAAGUAUCAGAAAAUUUCUACGUCGAUAUGAAUUCCGAAGGCUUGAAGAGAAUGCUCGGAGGGCACAUUGCUUAUAGCGAUGCCAGUACCUUAGCCAGAAGUUGUGUUCUGAGCAUCAGUAAACCCAGCCCCGACUUAUUUCUCGUUGUACGGUUGGAGAAAGUAUUGCAGGGUGACAUUUCGGAAUGUGCUGAGCCAUACUUGCGUGAGGAUAAGAACAAGGAUAAGGUAAGAGCUGCCGCUGCCGCUGCGUGCGAACGUUUAGGUCGUUACAGGAUGCCUCUUGCAUGGACUGCGAUUCAUUUGUCCGGAGUAAUAGGAGGCGGCGGCGACGCGGACAGCACCGGCAGCGCUGGAUCUUUGGAUAGAAAAUCGGGCGGUCUAGAACAAUGGCGAAAGAAAGUGGAACCGCCGACGCGACGAGGUUCGCUAGAACGACGAAGUUCGGACAAAAGACGUAGUUGGUCUCCAGACGAUUUCGCUAACUGUCUCGACAGUUUCAGACCCAUCACGUUGACUGUCUCGAGCUUCUUCAAGCAGGAAAGUGAACGACUCCGCGACGAAGAUCUUUACAAGCUUCUGGUCGAACUGCGAAGACCUGGUUCCAAUCUGAAACGACUGAAGUGCUUGCCGGGGAUAUUAAAGUUGGAUCUCAGUCCUAGACCCGAAGAGCUGCCUAGAUGUCUGGAUCCCGACCUCAGAAGAUUAGUUCCAUAUCCUGACGAGAAAAGCCGACCGGUCAAGGAAAUACUCGAAUUCCCGAGUGAAGUCGUUUCGCCAGAUUUGACGUAUCGCAAUCUCUUGUAUCUCUAUCCGAAGGAAGCGAAUUUCAGCUCCAGAACUGGCUCAGCUCGUAACAUCGCCGUCAGAAUUCAGCUUAUGGGAGGUGAACAAGAAGCAGAUGCUCUCACUGCUAUACUCGGCAGAUCGUCAUGUCCUGAGAUGACGUACGAAUACUUUACAUCCGUGUCGUAUCACAAUAAAAAUCCGAAUUUCUACGACGAAGUGAAAAUGAGACUUCCUGCGGAUCUGAGCGCUAAGCAUCACUUACUGUUCACCUUCUAUCACAUUAGCUGCCAAAAGAAAGCUGAACAACCUAAUGUCGAAACAGCGGUUGCGUACACGUGGCUACCGCUUCUGAGAGACGGGCAUUUGCAAUCGGGUGAAUUCAGCCUGCCCGCUAUGUUGGACCCGCCACCAGCGAACUAUUCGUACAUCGCUCCCGAUGUUCUUCUGCCAGGUACUCGAUGGGUGGAUGCUCAUCGAGGAGUCUUUACCGUUAUUUUGGAACCAGUUUCCAGUGUUCAUCCGCAAGACAAAUAUAUCGAUCGGUUUCUAUCCUUAUGUGGCUUUCUGGAAACCGGUCAGGUACCGCCUCGUAUUGGCGAAGCCGGCAUGGAAUCAGAACUGAAAUCAGCGUUACUCGAGUUGGCGCGUGCCUCGCAUUCCGCUUUGGUGCGAUCUCUUCCUCAGUUACUAGAUCAACUGCUGUGUCUUCUUGUGCGACCACCGACAUUGCCGUCCCAGUCAUUAAAUGUCGCUGCCAUCAUUUUUGAAGCCUUGGGCCUGCUGGUGCGAAAUAUCACCAACUUACCCGAUGGUCAGUUGGACGCACACGGAAGACACGCGCUCUUAGCAACCUACAUCGCAUACCAGUGUUCCUUACCGAGCAUGUCCCACGGCGCGGGCGUUGUGCGAGCGCAGAGCAACCCUGAUUUGCCCCUGGAAGACUUGGAGAUGGAAAUUCAUUCACGAGGACUGGACAGAACCGCAUCGAUGCGACAAGAAUCUCCUUCAAUCAACAGUCAACCCACCAGAAGGCUGUUGCACGAGGAGCUCGCGUUGCAUUGGGUCGUAUCCACAGGUCAGGCGCGUGAAUUGGCGAUAACGCAUUCCUGGUUCUUCUUGGAGCUGAUAAUGCGCUCGAUGGUCGUCACGCUGUCGGAACUGAACAGCUUGGAGGCACCGCGAAAGCUGAGAUUCUCGCCGCAGUUCUGCGACGACAUCACAACUCUUACGUCCGCGCUCAUAACUGAGGUGACGACUCGUUGCGGCAAGGAGAUUCGCGUCGCGUCCAAUCUGAUAUCGAGCCUCGGCAAUUUCUUGUCCGAUUUGCUGUCCGUGAUGGAUAGGGGAUUUGUGUUAUCGCUCGUACGUGUCGCCUGCUGUUCGCUAUCGGACGCAUCGAUGCACAUUCCCGAUUCUGCGGCGUUGUUCGCCCUGAAACUCGAUCUCGUGAGGACGGUGUGCUCACAUGAGCACUAUGUGGCGCUGAAUCUGCCGUUCGGCACAGGCUACACGUCAGGAUCGGCCCCAGCAUCACCCAGUCCUUCGACCGGCAGUUCAGGCAGUCUAAUUUCCACCCUGGUGCCCGGAGAUAGAGCGAGAUUUUCGGAACUUAGCCAGGAAUUCAGGCAGCAGCACUUCUUAGUCGGCAUCGUUCUGUCCGACUUGGCGAACACUUUGGAAGUACCGAACCCGAUGCUGCAGAACAAGGCCAUCGGCACUGUACGGCAUCUGAUGAGCUGCCACGACGCCGACUCGCGAUAUUCGGAUCCUGCGGCGAAAGCCAGAGUCGCCGCACUGUAUCUGCCGUUGCUGAACAUCUUGAUGGAUGCCUUGCCGCAGCUCUACCAUUGGGAUUCUAAGGACAAGAGUGUCUACCCGGAUGAGUCUGGAUCGAUCACGCAGUCUGUAGCUUUGGCUAUUGCUGGCGGAGCGUCGGCGGACACCGCGGGCAAUCAGUGUCGAGUGUGCUUGAGCUCGGAAGCCACUAGACACCUCUUAAUGUGUGCUUUGUGGGUACUCAAGGGCUUGGAGCGAACCGCAUUAGCGCAGUGGUGCUCUGAGCUGAGUGCAAGACGUAUCCUGAGCUUACUUCAAGUGCUGAAUAUUGCUACCGCAGCUUUCGAAUAUAAGGGUAAGAAAGCGUUGAAGAGGUUGCCGCCGCAAGCUGCGGCUACUAGUGACAUCCGAUCGCGACUGGAGGACGUGAUCCUUGGUCAGGGAAGCGCUAGAAGUGAGAUGAUGUUGCGGAGGAAGGAAAGAGUGACCGGCGACAAGUUGAGAUGGCGCAAGGACCAAAUGCCGUAUAGAUCUUGCGAGCAGCCAGAGGGAAGAGCCGUCGAACAAGACGCUCACAUAGAAGGAGCCUUGGCGGCUGAAGCCUCUCUCGUCGUAUUAGACACCUUGGAAUCUGUAGUUCAAGCCGAUGGCGGCGGAGGUGCGGUUGUUGGAGCGGUGUUGAAAGUAUUAUUGAGGGCGCUAGCUAGAAACCAAAGUACGUCAGUGCUGCAGCACAUGUUCAAUACACAGCGUGCUCUGGUUUUCAAGUACCACAGCGCUUUAUUUGACGAAGAGAGCGAGCGCUGCGGGGACUUAUGCUUGACGUUGCUCACUCGAUGUAGCUCACCGUUGAGCGCUGUCAGGAGCCACGCUGCUGCGAGUUUGUAUUUACUGAUGCGACAGAACUUUGAAAUUGGAAACAACUUUGCACGUGUCAAGAUGCAAGUUACGACGUCCUUGUCCGCUCUCGUUGGCAGAGGGAGAGCUCCUAGCGAGGGAGCGCUGCGCAGAGCGUUGAAAACGGUGUUGGUAUACGCUGAAAGAGACACAGAGCUUGCGGACACAAGCUUUCCGGAACAAGUAAAGGAUUUAUUGUUUAAUCUUCACAUGAUCCUCUCUGAUACCGUUAAAAUGAAGGAGUUCCAAGAAGAUCCCGAGAUGUUGUUGGAUUUAAUGUACAGAAUUGCUAAGGGUUAUCAAGGUUCGCCAGAUCUUCGGUUAACCUGGCUAGCAAACAUGGCGCAGCAACAUAUGGAAAGGAAGAAUCACACAGAAGCCGCGAUGUGUUUGGUGCACAGUGCUGCUUUAGUCGCGGAAUAUCUACAUUUGCUGGAACCCGGUGGCGGUGGACGGCCGGUAGGAGCCGUCGCUUUGAACGCUGUGACGCCGAACGCGUUGGAGGAGAGCGCAGUGGGCGACGAUGUGCUGGCCAGAAGAGAAGAAGGACUCUGUUUAGGUCCUGAUUUCUCUGAGAGUGGCUUGGCAGGACUGUUGGAGCAUGCUGCUAGUUCCUUUCAUGCAGCCGGAAUGUACGAAGCCAUUCCUGAUGUCUACAGAGUGUUGCUGCCUAUAGCCGAAGCCGCGCACGACUAUAAGAAAUUAGCUAACAUUCAUGGAAAACUUCACGAGGCGUAUACACGCGUGGAACAAUUGGCUGGUAAACGCGUUUUCGGGACGUACUUCAGAGUCGGUUUUUACGGUGCGAGAUUCGGCGAUCUUGCCGGCGAAGAAUUUGUGUAUAAAGAGCCGACUCUGACGAAGCUCCCGGAGAUAUUCUCGAGACUCGAGAAUUUUUACGCCGAGAGAUUCGGCGCGGAGAAUAUAGUUAUAAUAAAGGAUUCAAAUCCUGUGGAUCCCAGUAAACUGGAGCCGGACAAGGCAUACGUUCAGAUCACUUACGUAGAGCCGUAUUUCGAGGCGCACGAGCUCCGACAUAGACCCACUGUUUUUCAUCGCAAUUUCAAUAUAAAACGAUUCGUUUACGCAACGCCUUUCACAUCCGGUGGCAAAGCCCACGGUGAACUGCGCGAGCAGCACAAACGGAAGACUAUAUUGACGGUAGCGACGCAUUUUCCGUAUCUCAAAACCAGAAUUCGAGUUGUAGCCCGGAAGCAGAUAGUUCUCACUCCUAUCGAAGUGGCGAUCGAAGACAUACAGAAGAAGACUGCUGAGGUGGCUGCCGCGACAGUUCAGGAACCACCUGACGCAAAGAUGCUUCAGAUGGUGCUUCAAGGAUGUAUCGGCACCACUGUCAAUCAAGGACCCGCCGAAGUGGCGGUCGUAUUUCUGUCGGGUCUGCGUGAGCAGAACGUACAGCCAGAUAGACUACAGCACAAGCUUCGUCUGUGUUUCAAGGAUUUCCAGAAAAAGUGUCUUGACGCUCUGCGGCGUAACAAGAAUCUAAUCGGUCCAGAUCAGCGGGAUUAUCAGCGAGAGCUGGAGAGAAAUUACCAAAGAUUGACCGAACGAUUGGCACCUCUUAUCGCCUGGAGCGGUCCCUCCUUAAUUAAUCAGCAAGUUGUACCGGCAACGUCCCCGCGGUGGUAAAGAAGCGAGGCACUGCCAUAGAAGCUUACCAAAGAGUAUCGAUUAUUAACGUAUAAGAUUGUCACUUAGCACACAGGUAAUUCUGCUUACAAUCAUGUUACGUGGGAAGUGCACGUACGUUGAAUCCUUGUGUUUUUUUUUUUUUUAAUGAUUACAUUCAUUCCUAACUAGAUUUAGAUUUACAUCUAACACAGA